UUUGGUUUAAUGGGAAGCCGGGCGCGAGAGUGUGCGUCCCAUCACCCGGCGCGGACGCUGAGAGUUUCGGCGGCUUUGUGUGAAAACGACAUUAAAGCGCGUACUGUCACGAAUGUGGCGUAACAGGGUCGCGUCGAAAGCGACUAGCCUCUGUUGCUAACGUCGCUUUUUACCUAGUUAACUUAGCAAGUACGAAAGGGUUAGCUUCCUAGCAUCACGCUGGCUCCAAAGAAGAUGCCGAAAAUGAAUGAUGGCCAGCCUAGCGCACUUGAGAACAUGGUCAAAAGUUUCCGGGUCUCCGACCUGCAAACGCUGCUGGCCUCCAUGGGCCGCAGCAAGAGCGGCUUAAAGCAGGACCUGGUGGGCCGGGCUCUAAGGCUGGUCCAGACGGAAUACAGCCCUGAGCUGCUCAAGAACGUGCGGCAGCUGUACGAGUCGCGCUUUCCCAGAACGUCCGGCUGGCUGGCAGCGCGGCGCCCGGAGGGCAUCCCGGUUUCGUACUCGUCCCUCAGCUCGACCCCGUCUGCCACCUCUCAGGGGGCUGAAUACCUCAACGGCAUUACCAAACCAUUGGCCACUCCAGCACCGGAGGUCAAACUGGUGCCACUGCCCUUCUAUCAGACUUUAGAAACACUGCUUCCACCUACAGAGCUCAUUGCCCAGAAUAACGAGAAACUGCAAGACAGUCAGUGCAUAUUUGAGUUAACACCAAGUCAAGCAGACCAAAUCAGAAACGCAAGUGAAAUACGCCCAGGAAUUAGAUCAAUCCAGGUGGUUCUUAGAAUAUGUUACACAGACUCCAUUGGGGUUCAAGAGGACCAGUAUCCUCCGAACAUCGCCGUCAAAGUCAACCAGUCCUACUGUCAUGUCCCAGGCUACUACCCCUCUAACAAGCCUGGCGUGGAACCUCGCCGUCCUUGUCGCCCUGUGAACAUUACUCCUUGGUUGCAUCUUUCCACGGUCACCAACAGAAUCACUGUCACCUGGGGAAACUUCGGCAAGCGCUACUCUGUGGCAGUGUAUUUAGUGAGGAUGUUCACUGCGUCGGACCUGUUCAGCCAGCUCAAACUCUGCUCUGUUGAGAGCGCGGAGCGCUGUCGUGAGCGCAUUCAAGACAAGCUACGGUUUGACCCAGAGAGUGAGAUUGCCACUACGGGCCUCAGGGUUUCUCUUAUUUGUCCACUGGUGAAGAUGCGCAUCGGUGUGCCAUGUCGAGUUCUGACCUGCGCCCAUCUACAGUGUUUCGACGCGGUCUUCUUUCUGCAGAUGAAUGAAAAGAAGCCCACAUGGACCUGCCCUGUGUGUGACAAGCCGGCGCCCUUUGAGCUGCUCACUAUAGACGGGUUGUUGUCUGAGAUCUUGAAAGAGACAAGCGAGGAAAUCGAGGAGAUCGAAUACCUCACCGACGGCUCUUGGCAACCAAUCAGCGACGACAAGGAGAAAGAAAAGGAACGAGAACGCAGCGAUACGCCUGAGUACUCAUUGGUCGAUAUGUGUGUUCCAGAGACAAACGGCCACUCGCCGGCCCACAGCAGCACGAGCCUGUCAGGCAAAUCCACAGGGGCGGCGUCGGCGAGCGUGGUCAGUGCUGGGCCCGCCGCGCCGGCCGGAGGAGGAGUUGUGGUGGAUCUGACUCUUGACUCGUCCUCUGAGGAGGAAGGGGGCGGGGGCGGCGGCGAGAGCGAGGACACUGAGGACAGCGCGGACAGCCCCACCCCCAAGAGGGGCCGAUACAACUACGACAAGGACCUGGUCACUGCGUACUGACCCCCGCAGCUACUCUUCAACCCACCUCGCCCUCUCAUGGAUUUGACGAAGGGGCGGAGGGGCUGAAAGCACGGAGAAUGGAACAGUAAUACACUAGAUACAGUGACCCCCGCAUCAUCAAAAAACAUCACAGCCUUUUAGCAGUUCCACACACAAAUAAAGAAUCUUCAGUCUAGCAUCAUUAGGAUUCCCGUUUGUACUCGACUCAACCACUGGAAGCCAACCACUUUUGGCUGACCAUCAUCCUGCAGCGAAUAUUUGUACUGUACUUCCCUCAAUGAGAGAAAUUCAGUGGAUUACCCGCUCCUCCCCAUCACCUCCUACAAACUCUUUUCUCAAUGGACGUUGUCAUCUUUGCUGUCUGACCAGGAACAAAAAGCUGUCCACGUCACCGUGCGUUCGAUUUUUGGCACAUUUGAGCUGUUUGCGCUUCUCAGUUAAAGGGGAAGUCAAGUCAAAUAUUUACACUAUGUUGUAUGCCGCCCCACAAGUGUAAACGCCAUUCUCUGAUUAAUAUUGUGUUCACGGAAAAUGAGUGAAGCAACAAAAUACUCAUUCAUGUCUGCGUGGCCAUUUUGCCGCUUGCUGUUGACUGAAAAUGACAUCACAGUUGCUUCGGGGAUCAGGUAACAAACAAUCACAGCUCAGCUUGUCCCACGACCAAACUUAGAAAACAGGUGAGCUGUGUGGUUGGUCGGAAUUAGAGCCUUGAUCGGCUGUGAUGUCCUUUUUAGUCGACACAAAGUGCCAACAUGACUCCCUCCUAAGGUGGAUUU